AUGGCCGAUUCUGGUGACGUGAGCUAUCCCAACACCGUCUGUAAGUACCAGUCCCUUUUGCUCGUGACUUUCCUCGCUCCGGUCGUUGACAAGAUCAACUCUGAGGCAUCCAAGACCACCAGCGAGCUCAACGACUUGAAAAACUCUCGCGUCACUCCAUCAACCACCACCGCAGAUGGCCAGCCCUUGACUCACUACCACUCUCUGCUUUACAGCCUCCUGAGCGUGAGUUUCCCAAAUACCCUGCGCGCAUGGGAGCAACCCCGUGCGACCGCCGUCUCUUUCGCUACCGUGAUUAGCUUCAUCUUCGCCGCUCGCUACUUGCCUAUUCUUCGCUGGGCCUUCAAAUUCCUUUACAUGUCCCUUGGUUUGACCGCUGCUGUCGAGGUAGCAGGCCGGGCCGUUCUCAAGCAAGGAAUCGCCAGUUCGUUCCGCCCCCGCCGAUACUACACAAUUUCCAAGGAGACCCACGAGGCUGUAUUGGAGGAUGUCUCCCAGCUGUCGAACUUCUUCUUGAUCGAGUUCCAGCGCAUUCUGUUUGCUGAGAACGUCGUCCACACCGUUGCUGCUUUCUUCGCAGCUUUCACUGGGUACUGGUUGAUCCGCUUUGUUCCGCUCUGGGGUUUGGCACUGAUCGCUGUGACCACUGCCUACAUUGGUCCUCUCGUCUACAUCAGCAACCGCGAGAUUAUCGAUGAGCAGAUCCAAAACCUCCAGGAUCUUAUUGCCGCCCAGACGAACCAGCUUAAGGAUCUGGCCGGCGAGCACACCUCCCACGCCACCGGGUUAGUCAAGCAGUAUGUUGGUGACUAUAGCAAACAGGCCCAGGAAUACAUUGGUCGCCGUUCUGCCUCUCCCGAGGUUGCUAAGGCUCCCGCUCCUGCUCCUGCCCCGGCUCCUGUCAAGUCCGAGCCUGCUGCAGAGCCCCUGAUCAAGACCGAGGACUUCCCGGAGGCUCCCAAGGCUGAGCCACAGGCCCAGCCUGUCGAGUCUGUCGAGACUGAGCCAGAGCACCUGGUUGCAGCUUGA